AAACAAUGAGACGACUAUUUUGUGUCCCUACCGGUGAGGAUUGGUAGUUUGAGGGCUUAGACUUCAGAGACCUUUUAAGAUAAAACAGAGAGUUUUGAAGGAACUCCAGAAGUUACAGAACCUACGGUUCGGCGAGCCGGAACGGAAGUACCCGGACAGAAAGGGAUGCUUCCAACUGGUCCACAGAGAAGCUGAAAACUCUGUUCCUGGCCGUUCGAGUAGAGAAUGAGGAGGGCAAGUGUGAGGUGACGGAGGUGAACAAGCUUGACGGAGAGGCUUCCAUUAACAACCGGAAAGGCAAACUUAUCUUCUUCUAUGAGUGGACCAUCAAACUCAACUGGACAGGUAAGGACCAGCCAGGCUGUGAGAGACGAGGUUAGCCCCGUGUCUGUCGCUCUUCCACUUGCUGGAGAGCAGGUUCUGAGCAGUGACAAACCCUUGAAGGGAGGAGACAGUGCUGCUUGGGAGGAAAGCAGUUUGGGGUGCUGCUGGGGGACACCGAAUGUGUUUAUUUGCUCUCUGAGUUUCAUCGGUUCCCACCAGUGAAGUGACGGGGCACUGGAUCUUUGGACCUUGUUCUGUGUUAGGAUUCAUAAGGUGAUAGAGUCUCAGGCUAGUUUAUUUUAUGUGUGUCUUAUGAAUGAUUUAAGAGGGAGGGGUUUUUCGUUUGUUCUCUUUUCACUUCAAUCACUUUCUAACUCCAGUUUGAAUCUUACCAUGUUAGACCACUGUACUAUUGUAGCUGAUAAGUAAGUAUUAUUUGGAUGUAGAGUCAGUUUUGUCAUAAUUAAUGUGUGUUCCUAAAAAUCAGUGCACUGUGCAACAGUCAUGCAGUAAGAAGCCACAAGGUUUAUAGAGAGGAUAGAAUUGGGAAUAUGUACCUGAUGGGCGGUGGUGGCGCACACCUUUAAUCUCAGCACUCAGGAGGCAGAGGCAGGCGGACCUCUUGAGUUCCCGGCCAGUCUGGUCUACAGAGCGAGUUCCAGGCCAGCCAGGGCUGUCUGGAGAAAAAAGAAAUACAGUACCCAUCCGAUGUGGUGAUAUGUGCCUGUAGUCCCAACCAAUUGGGAGGCUGAGGUAGGAAAAUGGCUGUGAGUUCUAAAGGGAAAGGGAAAGAAACAUACCUUCAAAAAACCAUCAUCAGUGACACGAUUUUAAAAUGAAGAAAUUGGGGUGGAGAGACUGGAGUUUGGUUCCCAGCACCCACAUCCUGCAAUUCACAGCCGUCUAGAACUCCAACUUCAGAGGGAUCUGGUGCCUCUGGCCUCUGAGGGCCCUUGCAUACAGGUGUGCUUACACGCGCCCGCGUACACACACACACAUUUAAACUAUAGAAACUAAGAAUUAGUAGAGUUUUAUUCAUGUGAUGAGUAUGAAGUACAUGUAUACUGUAAUCGGGAUGGUUUUUCUUUGAUUGAAAUUUCAUUGUGUUCGUGGGCAUCACAGGGAUUGCAGCUUGAAGGCUCUUGUGAGAUCCUGGAAGGGAGGUCUUCUGAGGCAGAAGGAUCAUCACACCAAUGGCACGUUACCUGACAGAUGUUUUGAGAUAUGAACUUUCAUUUAUUUCUGUACAUCUCUUCACCUGGUUAUAGUUUUCUCUGUUCACUUCUUAUUUCUCAAUGAUGAACUCACAUAGAAGCAAAUAUGAAAUAGCUAUAAACAAUUGUUCCCUAACAUAUCAGUCAUAUUGGAUAAAUGCUUGUUUUCAGAACAGCUGUUCAAGCUGAAUUGAUGCUCGUGGCUACCCGACAGGCUCUGGGAGAACUGAGCUACUACCCGAUUUGUGUAGCUCUGGGGGCCAUGCUGUAAUGCCCCAUUGGAUCUUUCCAUGGGGUACCUCUAAGUCAGGAGUGCAAUACAAAGGACACGUGGAAAUCCCCAAUUUGUCUGAUGAGAACAGUGUGGAUGAAGUGGAGAUUAGUGUGAGCCUUGCCAAAGACGAGCCUGACACAAAUCUCGUGGCCUUAAUGAAGGAAGAAGGGGUGAAACUUCUAAGAGAAGCAGUGGGGAUUUACAUCAGCACCCUCAAAACAGAGUUCACUCAGGGCAUGAUCUUGCCCACCGUGAAUGGAGAGUCCGUAGACCCGGUGGGUCAACCAGCACCAAAAACCGAGGUGUGCAAGGCGAAGGCUGCUCCUUCAAAAAGCCAGGCCAAACCUGUUGGUGUCAAAAUCCCCACUUGUAAGAUCACCCUUAGAGAGACCUUCCUGACGUCACCAGAGGAGCUCUAUAGAGUGUUCACCACUCAGGAGCUGGUCCAGGCCUUUACCCAUGCUCCCGCGGCCUUAGAAGCAGACAAAGGUGGGAAGUUUCACAUGGUCGAUGGCAACGUCACUGGAGAGUUCACUGAUCUGGUCCCUGAGAAACACAUUGCUAUGAAGUGGAGGUUCAAGUCGUGGCCAGAGGGGCACUUUGCUACCAUCACCUUGACCUUCCUUGACAAGAACGGAGAGACAGAGCUGUGCAUGGAAGGCCGGGGCAUCCCUGCUCCUGAGGAAGAGCGGACGCGACAAGGCUGGCAGCGGUACUACUUUGAGGGCAUCAAACAGACCUUUGGCUAUGGCGCUCGCUUGUUUUAGGGCCAGCAGCAGGGGUUCCAGCCUGUUCGACACUUGAGUCCAGCCCGUUCAUGAGGGGUUUGUGACUCACAGGAUUGCACCGUCCCGACUGCUAACUUGGGGCUGGGGCCCCGCCCUUCCACAUAUACCUUGGGUUUGUGCAUGUUUUCUGCUGGGUGGGGUCUGAGGGUGAUUCUCUUUUAUGUGUACAUACGCUAAAUAAACAGAUUUUAAAAGCAUGCAUUUCUUACCAUC